UUGUCAAGUCUAAUUAAGUCAUGUCCUGUGUAACGGACAAGAGAUAACAUAACAAUGGGUUCCGGUUGCGUCGGUCACUGCCUUCCAUUCUCAUUCUCAUUCUCAUUUCCAUUAUCAUUCUUGUUAGUGCUGUGGUUCUAUUCAAUUUCUUCAGCUUAUGGAUGCGAUAAAGCUCCAGCUAUAUUCGUGUUUGGCGAUUCCAACUCGGACACGGGUGGACUCGCCUCUGGACUCGGUUACCCUAUCAACCUCCCCAAUGGACGCAGCUUCUUCCAUAGAUCCACCGGUCGCUUGUCCGAUGGACGCCUCAUAAUCGAUUUGCUCUGCCAAAGUAUGAACAUGAGUUUAUUGAACCCAUAUAUGGACCCAUUGUCUGGAUCGACGUUCACAAAUGGAGCAAACUUUGCAGUUGUAGGGUCCUCUACACUCCCCAAGUAUCUUCCAUUCUCUUUAAAUAUACAAGUCAUGCAGUUCAGGCGUCUCAAAGCUCGUGCACUUGAACUUGUUAAUGCAGGUGCAACCAAUUUGAUAAAUGAUGGAGGGUUCCGAGAUGCACUCUACUUGAUUGAUAUUGGGCAAAAUGACAUUGCUGAUUCAUUUACCAAAAAUUUGUCAUAUGCACAAGUGAUCAAGAGGAUCCCAACAGUUGUUGCCGAGAUUGAAACGGCUGUUAGGAGUUUGUAUAAUGAAGGUGCCAGGAAGUUUUGGCUUCACAACACUGGACCCUUAGGAUGUCUUCCCAAAUUAAUUGCACUGGCUCAAAAGAAGGAUCUGGAUUCAUCUGGAUGUCUUUCUAGCUAUAACUCUGCUGCAAGAUUAUUUAAUGAUGCACUGAAUCGGUUGUCACUUAAGCUAAGAACUCAAUUGAAGGAUGCUACCAUAGUCUAUGUCGAUAUUUAUGCCAUUAAGUAUGAUCUUAUCACAAAUGCCGCCAAAUAUGGUUUCUCGAAUUCGUUGAUGGUGUGCUGCGGGUCUGGAGGGCCUCCUUACAAUUUUGACCCAAGGGUGACAUGUGGGCAACCAGGGUAUCAGGUUUGUAGUGAAGGAUCAAAAUAUGUUAGCUGGGAUGGAAUCCAUCUUACUGAGGCUGCAAAUACAUUCAUAGCUUCAAAGAUUCUUUCCAAGGCCUAUUCCACACCACCUACAGCUUUUGAUUUCUUCUGCAAUCACUGACUAACCAGUGUGCAAAGCAAUGAAUCAAACACUUACUCCAUUAAGUGCUGUCUUUGCAUCUUUGUGGUUCUUUUUUGGUCCUUAUACUUCUAUUUAUUUUCUUUGUAGUUGUUCUCAAAAAACACAGUUUGUUAUGUAGUCUCGCUCUCUUGCCCAAGAUGCAAGUUCUAAAGUUAGGGGCCAUCUUGGGUUGUAUAAUUGGUCUUUGUUGCUAGGCAUUGUUUUUGUAGUAUGCAAAUUAUGUGUGUGAUGUAUGAGCAUUGAUCAAUGAUACAUGAAAAAUAAUAGUUCGUUGAUCAAGCGUAUUGAGUUAUUGACAUGUAGUGCAAUAAAAAUAAGAGGAUUGUUCCAUAGAAGAUUA